CCGUGGCCCCACGAUGACCCACAGCCCCGCGUCAAGCGAGGACGAGGAACACCACAGUGCCAGCGAGUGUCCCGAGGGGGGCUCAGAGUCCGACAGCUCCCCAGACGGGCCCAGCAGAGGCCCCCGGGGGACCCGGGGCCAGGGCAGCGGAGCACCUGGUAGUCUGGCCUCCACCCGAGGCCUCCAGGGCCGCUCCAUGUCUGUCCCGGACGACGCCCACUUCAGCAUGAUGGUCUUCAGGAUUGGCAUCCCGGACCUGCACCAGACAAAAUGUCUGCGCUUCAACCCUGAUGCCACCAUCUGGACAGCCAAGCAGCAGGUGCUCUGCGCCCUGAGCGAGAGCCUGCAGGAUGUGCUCAACUACGGUCUGUUCCAGCCGGCCACCUCAGGCCGCGAUGCCAACUUUCUGGAGGAGGAACGGCUACUUCGGGAGUACCCCCAGUCUUUUGAGAAGGGGGUGCCCUACCUGGAGUUCCGAUACAAGACCCGGGUUUACAAACAGACCAACCUGGAUGAGAAGCAGCUGGCCAAAUUGCACACGAAGACGGGGUUGAAGAAGUUCCUGGAGUACGUGCAGCUCGGGACGUCCGACAAGGUGGCGCGGCUGCUGGACAAGGGGCUGGACCCCAAUUAUCAUGACUCGGAUUCAGGAGAGACCCCCCUGACUCUGGCUGCCCAGACGGAAGGCUCCGUAGAGGUGAUUCGAACCCUGUGCCUGGGAGGGGCCCACAUCGACUUCCGGGCCCGGGAUGGCAUGACAGCGCUGCACAAAGCUGCGUGUGCCCGUCACUGCCUCGCUCUCACGGCACUCCUGGACCUUGGGGGCUCCCCCAACUACAAGGACCGCCGAGGCCUGACCCCUCUGUUCCAUACGGCGAUGGUGGGGGGCGACCCCCGCUGCUGUGAGCUCCUCCUGUACAACAGGGCCCAGCUGGGCAUAGCUGAUGAGAAUGGCUGGCAGGAGAUUCACCAGGCCUGCCAGCGGGGUCACUCUCAGCACCUGGAACACCUGCUCUUCUACGGGGCUGAGCCCGGAGCCCAGAACGCCUCGGGGAACACAGCCUUGCACAUCUGCGCCCUCUACAAUAAGGAGACCUGCGCUCGGAUCCUCCUCUAUCGAGGAGCCAACAAGGAUGUGAAGAAUAACAAUGGACAGACCCCCUUCCAGGUGGCGGUGAUCGCUGGGAAUUUUGAAUUGGGGGAACUGAUCCGAAACCACCGAGAACAGGAUGUGGUGCCCUUCCAGGAGUCCCCCAAGUACGCAGCCCGGCGACGGGGACCCCCAGGCGCAGGGCUGACGGUGCCCCCGGCACUGCUUCGGGCCAACAGUGAUACCAGCAUGGCCCUGCCCGACUGGAUGGUGUUUGCCGCCCCGGGGACCUCAUCCUCUGGGGCUCCCGGCCCUACCUCAGGGCCCCAGGGCCAGUCGCAGCCCUCGGCCCCCAGCACCAAGCUCAGCAGUGGGACCCUCCGAAGUGCCAGCAGCCCCCGGGGCGCCCGGGCCCGCUCCCCAUCCCGCGGGAGGCACCCUGAAGAGGCCAAGAGGCAGCCCCGUGGACGGCCCAGCUCCAGCGGGACGCCCAGGGAAGGGCCGGCAGGGGGCACAGGGGGCUCGGGGGGCCCUGGGGGCUCCCUGGGCAGCCGCGGGAGGCGCAGGAAGCUCUACUCAGCAGUACCCGGACGCUCCUUCAUGGCCGUGAAGUCCUACCAGGCCCAAGCCGAGGGGGAGAUCUCCCUGAGCAAGGGGGAGAAGAUCAAAGUGCUUAGCAUCGGGGAAGGAGGCUUCUGGGAAGGCCAGGUCAAAGGUCGCGUUGGCUGGUUCCCCUCUGACUGCCUAGAAGAGGUGGCAAACCGCUCCCAGGAGGGAAAGCAAGAAGGCCGCAGUGACAAGGCAAAGAGACUCUUCCGGCAUUAUACCGUGGGCUCCUACGACAGCUUUGAUGCCCCAAGCUUGAUGGAUGGGAUUGGCCCAGGGAGCGAUUACAUCAUUAAGGAGAAGACAGUCUUGCUGCAGAAGAAGGACAGUGAGGGGUUUGGGUUCGUGCUCCGGGGGGCCAAGGCGCAGACCCCCAUCGAGGAGUUCACCCCCACUCCGGCCUUCCCGGCACUGCAGUAUCUGGAGUCUGUGGACGAGGGUGGCGUGGCAUGGCGAGCUGGACUUCGGAUGGGAGACUUCCUCAUCGAGGUGAACGGGCAGAAUGUGGUGAAGGUUGGCCACCGGCAGGUGGUGAACAUGAUCCGCCAAGGGGGCAACACGCUGAUGGUCAAGGUGGUGAUGGUCACCAGGCACCCGGACAUGGAUGAGGCUGUCCAUAAGAAAGCACCCCAGCAGGCUAAGCGGCUCCCGCCCCCAGCCAUCUCUCUGCGUUCCAAGUCUAUGACCUCAGAGCUGGAGGAGAUGGAGUACGAGCAGCAGCCUGCGCCGGUGCCCAGCAUGGAGAAAAAGCGGACCGUGUAUCAGAUGGCUCUCAACAAACUGGAUGAAAUUCUGGCGGCAGCUCAGCAGACCAUCAGUGCAAGCGAGAGUCCUGGACCUGGUGGCCUUGCGUCGCUGGGCAAACACCGGCCCAAAGGCUUCUUUGCCACCGAGUCAAGCUUCGAUCCGCACCACCGCUCGCAGCCAAGUUAUGAACGUCCUUCUUACCUGCCUCCAGGACCUGGGCUUAUGCUCCGGCAAAAAUCUAUUGGGGCUGCAGAAGAUGAUAGACCCUACCUAGCACCCCCAGCCAUGAAGUUCAGCCGCAGCCUGUCUGUGCCUGGCUCGGAGGACAUCCCCCCGCCGCCCACCACGUCCCCACCGGAGCCCCCCUACAGCACACCUCCAGCCCCCUCCUCCUCUGGCCGCCUCACCCCAUCCCCCAGAGGAGGGCCCUUCAACCCCAGUUCGGGUGGCCCCCUCCCCUCCUCUUCCCCAGCAUCCUUUGAUGGACCCUCCCCUCCCGACACGCGUGUAGGGGGCCGUGAGAAGAGCCUGUACCACAGCGGGGCCCUGCCCCCCGCCCACCACCACCCGCCGCACCACCACCACCAUCACGCCCCGCCCCCCCCGCCUCAUCACCACCACGCCCACCCCCCUCAUCCCCCGGAGAUGGAGACCGGCGGCUCCCCCGACGACCCCCCACCCCGACUGGCUCUGGGGCCCCAGCCCAGCCUGCGCGGCUGGCGGGGCGGCGGGCCCAGCCCCACCCCGGGCGCCCCGUCCCCGUCGCACCACGGCAGCGGGGGCGGGGGCAUCAGCUCCUCCCAGGCCCCGGCCCUGCGCUACUUCCAGCUGCCCCCCCGGGCGGCCAGCGCGGCCAUGUACGUGCCAGCCCGCUCGGGCCGCGGGCGCAAGGGGCCCCUGGUCAAGCAGACCAAAGUCGAAGGCGAGCCUCAGAAGGGCGGCGGCCUCCCUCCCGCCCCCUCGCCCACGUCUCCGGCGUCCCCGCAGCCGCCGCCGGCCGCCCCGUCGGAGAAGAACUCCAUCCCCAUCCCCACCAUCAUCAUCAAGGCUCCGUCCACCAGUAGCAGCGGCCGCAGCAGCCAGGGCAGCAGCACCGAGGCGGAGCCCCCCACCCAGCCCGAGGCUGCGGGCGGCGGCGGCGGCGGCGGAGGCUCCUCGGCGCCGAGCCCCGCCCCGGCCAUGUCGCCGGUGCCGCCGUCGCCCUCGCCCGUGCCCACCCCCACCUCGCCCAGCGGCCCGGCCACCCUGGAUUUCACCAGCCAGUUCGGAGCGGCCCUGGUGGGGGCGGCCCGGAGGGAAGGGGGCUGGCAGAACGAAGCCCGCCGGCGGUCCACGCUCUUCCUCUCCACCGACGCGGGGGACGAGGACGGCGGCGACAGCGGGCUGGGCCCAGGGGCGCCCCCGGGUCCCCGGCUGCGCCACUCGAAAUCCAUCGACGAAGGCAUGUUCUCCGCCGAGCCCUACCUGCGGCUGGAGUCUGCGGGCGCGGGGAGCAGCGGCGGCGGCUACGGGGCUUACGCGGCGGGCAGCCGCGCCUACGCGGGCAGCGGGAGCAGCAGCGCCUUCACCAGCUUCCUGCCGCCCCGACCCCUGGUCCACCCGCUGACCGGCAAGGCCCUGGACCCCGCCUCCCCGCUCGGGCUGGCCCUGGCCGCCCGAGAGCGGGCGCUGAAGGAGUCCUCGGAGGGUGGUGGGCCCCCCCAGCCCCCUCCAAGGCCCCCAUCGCCCCGCUAUGAGGCCCCGCCGCCCACCCCACACCACCACUCGCCCCACGCCCACCAUGAGCCAGUGCUGCGUCUCUGGGGGGCCUCACCACCGGACCCCGCCCGCCGGGAGCUGGGGUACCGGGCAGGGCUGGGCAGCCAGGAGAAGUCCCUUCCGGCCAGCCCUCCAGCCGCGCGACGCUCCUUGCUGCACCGCUUGCCCCCCACGGCUCCUGGGGUCGGGCCCCUCCUCCUGCAGCUGGGGCCAGAGCCCCCGCCCCCGCACCCCGGGGUGAGCAAGGCGUGGAGGUCCGGGGCCCCCGAGGAGCCCGAACGGCUGCCCCUACACGUGCGGUUCCUUGAGAACUGCCAGCCCAGAGCCAGUGGGGCGGGGGGAAGGGGACCCCCCUCGGAAGACGGGCCGGGAGUUCCGCCGCCCAGCCCACGCCGGUCCGUACCGCCCUCGCCGACCUCCCCGCGAGGCAGUGAAGAGAAUGGGCUUCCCCUGCUAGUCCUGCCGCCCCCUGCUCCCUCGGUGGAUGUGGAAGACGGUGAAUUCCUCUUCGUGGAACCGCUGCCCCCGCCUCUGGAGUUCUCCAACAGCUUCGAGAAGCCAGAGUCGCCCCUCACGCCUGGGCCUCCCCACCCGCUGCCGGACCCACCCACCCCAACCACCCCCUUGCCCCCCGCGCCACCACCUGCUAUUGCUGCCGCGCCUCCCACCCUGGACUCCACGGCAUCCAGCCUGACUUCCUAUGACAGUGAGGUGGCCACACUGACCCAGGGGGCCCCCGUGGCUCCUGGGGACCCCCCUCCGCCAGGCCCGGCGGCCCCGGCGGCCCCGGCUCCCCCGGCCCCACAGCCUGGCCCGGACCCACCGCCGGGCACAGAUUCCGGUAUCGAGGAGGUGGACAGCCGGAGCAGCAGCGACCACCCUCUGGAGACCAUCAGCAGCGCGUCCACCCUGAGCAGCCUCUCUGCCGAAGGCGGUGGCAGCGCCGGAGGUGGUGGUGGCGGCGGGGCCGGGGGCGCCGGUGUGGCCAGUGGGCCAGAGCUUCUGGACACAUACGUGGCCUACCUGGACGGCCAGGCCUUCGGGGGGAGUGGGACUCCCGGCCCACCGUAUCCCCCGCAGCUCAUGACUCCUUCUAAGCUCCGGGGCCGGGCUCUGGGGACCAGUGGAGGCCUGAGGCCCGGCCCUAGUGGGGGACUCCGGGACCCUGUCACUCCCACCAGCCCCACCGUCUCGGUGACAGGGGCUGGAACGGAUGGGCUGCUGGCCCUGAGCGGUUGCACGGGACCCUCAACGGCGGCUAUGGCUGGGGGUCCGGUGGCUAUCGAGCCGGAAGGCCCGCCGGUGCCCUUGCCAUCGGCCUCCUCUCUGCCUCGGAAGCUGCUGCCCUGGGAGGAGGGCCCCGGCCCCCCGCCACCACCCCUGCCCGGGCCCCUGGCCCAGCCUCAGGCCUCAGCCUUGGCCACAGUAAAAGCCAGCAUCAUCAGUGAACUCAGCUCCAAGCUUCAGCAAUUUGGGGGCUCCUCGGCAGCUGGUGGCGCUCUGCCCUGGGCCCGGGGAGGCAGCGGGGGAAGCGGGGACAGCCACCACGGGGGAGCCAGCUACGUCCCUGAGAGGACCGCUUCCCUGCAGCGGCAGAGACUCUCUGAAGACUCCCAGUCCUCGCUCCUCUCCAAACCCGUCAGCAGCCUGUUUCAGAACUGGCCCAAACCACCUCUGCCGCCACUCCCCACAGGAAGCGGGGUCCCCCCUUCAGCCGCCGCAGCUCCAGGGGCCACCUCACCCUCAGCCUCCUCCUCCACGUCUACCCGCCACCUCCAGGGUGUGGAGUUCGAGAUGCGGCCGCCUCUGCUCCGCCGGGCCCCCAGCCCCUCACUGCUGCCCGCCUCGGAGCACAAGGUCAGCCCUGCGCCCAGGCCCUCGUCCCUGCCCAUCCUGCCUUCCGGACCCCUGUAUCCGGGCCUCUUUGACAUCCGCAGCUCCCCAACCGGAGGGGCAGGAGGCUCAGCUGACCCUUUCGCCCCUGUCUUUGUGCCACCACACCCCGGGAUGUCCGGGGGGCUGGGUGGAGCCUUGUCAGGGGCCUCCCGCUCCCUCUCACCAACCCGCCUGCUUUCGCUGCCCCCGGACAAGCCCUUCGGCGCUAAACCUCUGGGGUUCUGGACCAAGUUCGACGUGGCUGAUUGGCUGGAGUGGCUGGGCUUGGCUGAGCACCGAGCACAGUUCCUGGACCACGAGAUCGAUGGCUCCCAUCUGCCCGCCUUGACCAAGGAGGAUUACGUCGAUCUGGGUGUGACCAGGGUGGGCCACCGCAUGAACAUCGACCGGGCUCUCAAAUUUUUCCUGGAGAGGUGAUGGCUGGCCUGGACGGACCAGCCCCGUCCACAGAAGCCUGGAGCCUACUGGCCUCUUGACCUCUGACCCCUGACCGUCAUUCUCUCCCCCUGGGCCAGGGACUCUGCUAGAACUGUGCCCCGCCCUCCUCUCCCAAGGCC